AUGUGUAAGAAUAUACAAAGUCCUGCUGAUAACGCGUGUCAUUUGACAUCACAUUCCAGAAGCAGUUUCCGAAGUCAUAAAGGUUAUCUGUCGAAUAUCGUCGUGAUUGAAGUGAACAAAGAGAAUUUGAAUAUUACAUGGCCUUAUCUUCUGCUUUCUAUUCGACAUGCAUCAUUUUUAUCCAUUGAUUUAGAACUUAGUGGCUUGGGAAUUCAAAAGGGAUGGUUAGCGAAAUCGUUAGAGGAGCGGUACGAUGUCAUCCGAAAAAGUGCUCAGAGCCGUUCGGUGCUUUCCGUUGGUAUUGCAACCUUUCAACUAAUUAGUAGGAAAAAAACAGAUGCAAAGAAGAAGCUCAAAUAUAAAUGUCAGGUUUUCAAUAUACUUACAUUGUGUACCGUACCGUUCGUUGUUGAAGCAGAUGGAUUUCAGUUUUUGUCGAAACACAAAUUCGAUUUUAAUCGAUGGGUCAGUUUGGGCAUUCCGUAUGACAGUGAUACUGAAAAGGGAAACACAAUGAAGAUAUUAUGGCAUGAAGUUUUAUGUGCCGCUGUUCCUAUUACAUUACAUAAUGGACUUAUCGAUUUGACAUUCAUUUAUCAGCACUUUUACAGUGUUUUACCGGAGACAUUCAAUGAAUUCAUUGUUAAUAUUUCUGACUGGUUUUUAUUGCCCGGAGACAUUCCUGGUCUCUAUGAUUCGAAAUAUAUUGCGGAAUAUAUUACUCGAUUUAAAGCAUCCUUCCUCGAAUAUGUUUUCAGAAAAUGUCAACGUGAAAAUGUAAUUGAACAAGCACGUAAUCGAUUGUAUGUAAGCAUUGAAUUCGAUUCCACACCCGCAGAAACGCAUUUAAAAAAUACUGUUGACAUAGUCAAUUGUAAAUUGCCCGAUAAUUUCGGUGCGAAUGCUUCGGUGGAGCUCUGUCGCUUAAGUGACGAACAAAAGGAUUCACUUUGCAAGCGAUAUUCGAACUAUGGCUUCUGUCGAACCAGGGAUUGUUCCUAUGUACAUGACGUUGACAUCCUAUUGAGCUUAGAGGAUCAGAAGCAAGCAAAGGUACGCGAAAGACGGAAAAGAAGAUAUGAUUAUGAGUCAAAACUUUCUGAAUUGGGACCGACAGAUGAUAGGAAGGAUAAGGUUUUAGUUUCAUCAAGCACUAAACAAAGAACCGCGGUGAAUGACUUGAUUUCAAUUAACACUUUGGAGCAAGAAAGAGCAAUGAAGACAUCAUUUAAUCCAACUCAGCCAACUAACUUGUUACAAUCAGUAACAGGUUGCCAUCGUGCUGGUGUGGAUUCAUUUAUGACUGGAUUUGCAGUAGUGUUUAUGCAGCGCAUGAAUCUUUUACGGACUGGGAACUUCGAUCCGAAAUGUGGCAAUCGAAUUGCUUUACCAGGUAAAAUGACACCAUUGGUACUUCAUAAAAGUGAUUACACCAAAGCAGCAGAUAGUCAUGUAGCAAAGUGGAUCGAAAUUGAACGUGAGCGGAACCGCAAAGUGCAACUGGAAAUUUGA